AGAUGAAAAGGAUAUAAGAAAAGAUGCCAACUUGUCUAACCAGGAUUUAAAUACAAGUAUCAAAAACGAUGAAUACCAUGAUAAUGAAUUUAUUAGAAUAGAAUGCAAAUAUAUACCAGCCUUUAAUGAGAAUGAUGAACAUUUAAAGUCUGAUUUUGAUGCCAAUAUUAACGAAGAUAAACCCGAAACAAAAUGUGAAAGCGAUACGAUAAGAACCCCUCAAGUAAAUCCUAUCAAAGAAGAUCUUCAAUCAUUACUUGUAAUGAUGGCCUUGUCAUCUAAAGGAACCGAAAACGAUGAUAAAAAUAUUUUUUCUCCUAAACGCAGUGAUUCAAAAAUUGAAGCUGAUGAUUGUCUUGUAUCUGAUAAUGUUAUACAUAAUUUACCACAUAUGUUUCAACCUGAAACAAAAGAUAUAAAACAUAUUUUGGAUAUUAAACCAUUGAGAGUUUACAUAAACAAUAGACAAAUGGAACUCUUGAAAAAAUAUGCUAAAAAAUGGAAAGAUUAUGUGAAUCACAGAAAAGAAAACAUCUCUCAACAAAGACAAGCUGCUUUGAACAACUUUUUUGAGAAACUUUCUAAACGAAAAUCGGAUACAAAUCAAACAGAAUCUGCUCAAAAGGCGAAAUUCCUCGCACGCGACUAUAGCACUUAUCAGCACAGAUACAAAAUACAAAAACAUAUAAUAGCUCUGCAAAAAGCGAAGCUAGAAGAACAAAACCGUUUAAUAGAAGAACUCAAAUACAAUAAAAUAGUAGAAGCGUCAAAGAAGUCAGUUGAAGACAUGAGAGAAGAAAUACGAAAAACCUACUACGAAAUCGAUAGGCAACUGAAACCGAAGAUAAAAUGUCUGACUAACGAGCUCAAGAUAGAUAUCGAAGAACCCGCCUUAGUGCUGCAUUGCUUGAAAGUACCUCAAUUUUUACAAAGAAUGGAGAAACGGGCGCGUGAACGGGAGGAGAAACAUGCUAUGAUCCGGGAGAGACGUAGGCAGUUAGAAGAGGAACGCAUAAGAGUCAAACAACAGACAGAACUCGCAAAAGCAGAAAUGGACAAAGAAGAAAAAAUGAAGAGAAUAAUUGAACUUCGAGAAAAAAGAAAAAGAGAAAGGAUCGAAGCAAUUAGGAGAAAACAUCACGCAGAUAAGAUUAGAGCCUUAAUUGUGAUGGCGGAUUUGCAUUACGAGCGGUAUCUAAUAGUAACAUACGGAAUCCGGCCGUUUAAAAAGUUGCUAAAAAAGCGAAGAGAUAAUAUGGAAAAGGCGAAAGCUCAUUUCACUUUUCAAUUGAAGAAGAAUAUUUUCUUAAACUGGAUGUGGUAUACAGAAGACAUGUGGUUCGAAAGAUACUAUAAAGCUGAUGAUUUUCACAGAAAAAAAAUUUUAAGAAAAGCUUUAGAUGCGUGGAAACAGGCACAACAUGCAUACAUACAGAAGAAACAAGUAGCUGAUGAUUAUUAUGACUUUUAUGUAACGCAACUAGUUUUCCGCCACUUCCGUAGAGGAAUAGAAGAGAUGAAGAAAGAGAGUGAAUUGAAGUUGCAAAAGGCGAUAUUGUAUUAUAACAGCAAUUUGCUAUUCAAGAUCUUAACUUGCUGGAGGACAUUACCAGCACUGAACGCUUUGAAACGAGAGCAAGAAGCCAGAAAAGCGAGAUGGCGGGAGAAAGUAUUACAAGUGGUACCGGAUUACGCACCACCAGAUGACUAAGUCAUAAAUGACUGCCACUAGAUGACUAAAUAAAAGUCACAAAAUCAUAAGUUACUGCCUAACUAAAUAAGUCAUAAACGGCUGCCACCGGAUGACUAAGUGUUAAAGUCAUAAAAUACUGCCACAGAAUGAAUAACCUGGGAUGUGGGAAUCGUACUUAAUACUGUAAUAGGUUUAUGUCUUCUGUAACUGAUUUUAAGUUCAUAUUACAAUGUACGUUUUAUGCUAAGCUUUUUUAUAUAUUAACUUGAAUUCAUUAAUACGGUUCAAAUAAGCAAAUCAUAUUUUAAAUGUAAAUAUUAAAAUAUUUUACAUAGUUAGAUACUUAAUUACAUAAACUUAAUUAGGCUUGG